GGUGGGCACGGCGGAAGCGGAGGGGAGGAGCGGCCGCCUGACGGGGCGGGGGGUCGGACUGUGGAGGUGCUGUGUGCCUCCGUGGCGGUGCUGUGGCGGUGCUGUGACGGCGGAGCGGCCCGGGCAGACGGAUUUAAUCAGGAAACAAGAACUCUGAAGUCAUGGCGGGGAAACCCAAGCUGCACUACACCAAGGGAAGGGGAAAGAUGGAGUCAAUCCGAUGGCUGUUAGCAGCAGCUGGGGUUGAGUUUGAGGAAGAAUUCAUUGAAACAAAAGAAGACUUAGAAAAAUUGCGCAAUGAUGGAGUCCUGCUGUUUCAGCAGGUGCCCAUGGUGGAGAUCGAUGGGAUGAGGAUGGUGCAGACCAGAGCCAUCCUCAGCUACAUUGCAGCAAAGUACAACCUCUAUGGGAAGGACCUGAAGGAAAGAGCCUGGAUUGAUAUGUACGUGGAGGGAACUACAGACCUAAUGGGAAUGAUCAUGUAUCUCCCUUUUCAACCAGCUGAUACAAAAGAAAAGAGUCUUGCCUUAAUCAUUGAACGAGCUACAACCAGGUACUUUCCUGUUUAUGAAAAGGCCUUAAAAGAUCACGGACAGGAUUAUCUUGUUGGCAACAAAUUAAGCUGGGCAGAUGUCCAUCUGCUGGAAGCCAUUUUAAUGGUAGAAGAAUGUAAAGCUGAUGUACUGUCUGCAUUCCCUCUGCUGCAGGCUUUUAAAGGAAGAAUCAGUAACAUUCCAACAAUCAAAAAAUUCUUACAGCCUGGCAGCCAGAGGAAGCCACCACCAGAUGAGAAGUUUAUUGCUGUUGUGAGGAAAAUAUUCAAUAUCUAAUCUGAUGAAGAUAACCCAACUGUAGUAUAUUACCAGAGCUUGUCUUGUAAACAUUAACUGCAUAGAUGUACUCUGUAACUUGCAUCAUAUGGCCAGUGUUGAAACACUAACUGUGAAUACACUUUUAAAUUAGAGUAAAAGGCUAAUUUGGACCUGUUGAGUCCAGAAAGAAGAAUUUCAUGAAGCAGUUAUAUAAAAUAAAAUACGCUGACACUUUGUGUGUGCUGAA